AUGAAGCUGCUGCUGGAGGCUUGUUUCGUGACCAUCUGGGAAGGUGCCUCGGUGCCUACGUCUGCAACUUUGGCUCCUGUUCCAUCACGGCAGCGGAGCUAA